AUGUCGACCAAGAAGGAUAUGCGACGGGUGGACCUGGUGAUUCCAUAUGUCGAGCCACCAGCUGCGAAGAGCGAUACGGAUAUUUCAGAAUGGCAUGGUCUGGUGAAGGAUUGGAUCGAUGUUGAUGUGGUUGCAGGUGCUAUGAGCACGACUCUACCAAUGGCUGCUGUAAGAUUGACCCAUCCCCUGUCGCAGGGCUAUCGCUUUGUUCUAAUCGAUUCAAUGUCUAGAUGUUUACACGAAACCGGUAUGUCGUCCAAGCGCAAUGGAUACGGAACAGAUAAUACUGGGACAGUUCAAUUGACACGUGGACUCUCUAUUAGCAUGAUCGGAUGGGUCGCCGUAAUUAUCUCCAUUCAGAACUGGUUAUCAGAAACUCCGGAGCAGAGCAGGAAUGCUGCUACGCCUAGCUAUAUGUCCGUCUUUAUGUCGUUGAUGUCUCUCGGUGUUACAUAUAUGCCUCUCUUCUUCCCGACGCCAGGCGCUCGCGGCGGCAGCAGCACAGCCGCUGCUCCAGCGCCAUCACCGACCCCAUAAUCGAGCAAACCAUGGAUGAGUAAAUCGCAACAAGAUAGGCGGAAUGAAACCAUGACUGAUCGAGCGUGCGAGGUCUCGUGACCUAUGUAAUAUACAUAAAUGUUCUAAUAAUG